AUUAACAACUCCACGCAGUUCCCUAUCGGUCUGACAGCAAGAAAGCAGCAGACAGGAUAGCAGCUGGUCAGGGGAACAUCAUCAUCACUCUGCACAGUCAUCACAACAUCUCCAGCAGACACAAACUGGACCACAUCUCUCUGAGCCACGCGUUACCCAGAAAACUACAACCUCCAUCUUUGAUCUGAUCCUGAUAACAAGAAGAUGGGUGAUGCGCAGAGCAGAAUGGAGAAUUUCAAGAAUCAAAUCAAAGACGGUCCAGAUCUGAGAGUCAACACGACCAUUGUGAUGUUCACAGGUCUGUCGUCUUCAGACACUCUGACCCAACACUACAAGAAGAGGAAAAUGGAGGGGGGCCUGGUUGCUACAGGCUUGAUCAAGAGCCUGCUGGAGAUAGUGGGCAACAUGACACCAGCUCCUGCACUGGCGGGCCUCGGAACGAUGGCCAUCUCCAUCAUCAUCGACUCGUUUUACCCCAGUCUUCCUGAGGAAAGCACGAAGGACGCUCUGCGGAGCGUGUUUGCCGAGGAGAAGGCCUCCGAGGUCUGGGAUCAGAUCGACGAGUGCCUGAAGAGAUGCGUGAUGCACAUCAAAAACGACCACGAACUGGUGACUGACAUCAGACGGAUCGAGGUCCAGUUGAGCACCGCCCUCACCAAGCUGAAGAACUCCAUGGUGAAGGACGGCCACAUGUCGUCUCAGGCUCUGAAGGCCUGGGUGAACGGGGCAGCCUUCCAUGUCCAGAUGCUGAUUCACCUGGUGAGACUCGGAGGGACUCAAACCUGCGACCCUGUGGAGAGACUCCUCUCGACUUACCUGAGAGACCUGGACACGCUGUUCAAAGAGCACAGGGAAAUGAUCGAGGCUAAGUGCCGUAAUCUCCGAGCCCCUUCUCGUCUGGUCGAUGAAGAGUCAAAUGUGUAUCACAUAGCUCAUGCCAGCCAUGUUGAAUACUUUGAUGUUUAUUAUGAUCAGAGGUACAUGAGCCAGAAGUAUAACAUUGAGCGUUACUUCUGUGAUGUAAAACAGAACCUGCAGAUGCUGGUUGAUCAGAGAGGAUACUUAAAGGUGUACUGAAAGAGGCCGAUACAUCUGAAGAGAUGCACAGGCAUUUUCAUCUUCAUGGUCUUUAAUCUGAUGACACAUAGCUGAAGAAUGACACUGAUGCAGUGCAUUUAAUAAGUAAUCAUUAUAAAUACUUUGUUAUGAUGAUUUUACAUUUAUUAUUCUAUCGUUUUAUGGCAUUGUGCUGUUUUAUGACCUGACUCAGUUUCUGAGUUUAUAAAGGGGUGGGGGGGGGAUUUAGCUUCUUUAGACUGAUAGCUCUUCAGCAUUUUCUCGUGAUGUUUUGAUUGCCCUCAACAUACAAUUUAUGUUAAUUUUUUGAUUUAUUGUUAAUGAGUUUUUGACAUAUCAUUGCAGAACACAUGCACACAGACACGCACACAGACACACACACACACACGCACAGAGACACUGUUUGAGUUUUAUGCUCAUUUCUUUUCUGAGUUUAUAACAGAUGUGUAUUUAGCUUCUUUAGAGUGAUAGUUUUUCAGCAUUCACACACACUUUCUCGUGAUGUUUUGAUGGUCCUUAACGCACACAAUUUAUCUUCAUCUUUGAUUUAUUGUUACAGUUUUUUUUCGAUUGCUAAACGACAGUGGGCACAA